AUGGCCAAGCGAGAGAUAUCCAGUACUUUGAAGAAUCUCAAGUUUAUGCAAAGAGCUCUUCAGAAAGAGGAGAAACCUAAGAAGGAAGAAGAGUCAAUCAUACCUGCUGGUGAUUUUCCUUCUUCUACUGCCCCUAAAAGAUGUGUUGUUAUAAUCGAAGGUGAUCCACAUCCCACUGCAACAAGAGGUCGCAUGUCAUUUUUAAGUUUUAAUCCUUCUAUUGAUAAACUCAACGAGGAAGCAGUUGACCCUACUCAACCAGAAGCCUCUGCUAUGAGUUCUGGAAGACAAAGAGAAACAGUAAUGAACAGAGAAAAUGGGACCUUGCAAGAUGGUUCACACAACUUGGAGCCAGAUGGUUUGAGUGGUGAUGCAAGUGGAGAUCUUCAGAGCAAACGAGCCGAUGCCUCUGAAGUGCCAUAUCCAAAUAAAUCUCCGAAAUUUUUUCAAGAUGACCUACAUUCAUCUCCAAGUAGAAGUCGUAGUUUUCAAAAUCAACACAAGCGUGAAAAGAUGGAUUGGAGUGUUCUACGGCCUCCGAAGUAUCAAAAGAAAAGGAAUGUGGAGUUGCUGGUGAUUGCACUCUCAGUUGUCUCUGUACAGUUUAUCUUCUCGUAUUUACGCUUGUCAUUUUGUAUUUAA